AUCCUAUUGGUGGAAAAUAUAGGUUAGUGGUCCGACAGUCACACGAACGAAGGAAAGAAAAGUAGGUCAGAGACUGAUUCCGUUUAUGUCACAGUUCCUCACGGACCGGACGCCAAACAACCGAAACAAACUGUGAUGUUGAGCUAUUCCUCCGGAUCUUGUCACAUGUGAAAGGACACACAUUGAACAGCUGCUUGACUGAAUCUGUGUGAUGAUCUAAUGGCAGACCAAAGAAUGGACAUCUCCUCCACAAUGAAUGAGUUCAUGUCCCAGAGUUCUGCAGAUCUCAUCAGCAGUUCCAUUGGCACCACUGGCAUGGACUACAACCGCAAGAGGAAGGGCAGCACCACCGAAUACCAGAUUGAUGGCUUUUCGUUUGAUGAUAGUAUGGACACAGAUAAAGAUAAGACAAUGGGAAGGGAUGACCAGCAGGGCCGGGUAAAAAAUGCCAGGGAGGCUCACAGUCAGAUAGAGAAAAGACGCAGGGAUAAAAUGAACAGUUUUAUAGACGAGUUGGCUUCGUUAGUCCCCACUUGCAAUGCCAUGUCUCGCAAGCUGGACAAACUCACUGUACUGCGCAUGGCCGUCCAACACAUGAAGACAUUACGAGGGGCCGCCAACCCAUACACAGAAGCAAACUAUAAGCCAGCAUUCUUGUCGGAUGAUGAAUUAAAGCACUUGAUUUUAAGGGCUGCCGAUGGCUUCCUCUUUGUAGUUGGUUGCGAUCGUGGAAAGAUUCUGUUUGUCUCGGAGUCUGUUUAUAAAAUUCUCAAUUAUACUCAGAAUGAUCUGAUUGGCCAGAGUUUGUUUGACUACCUGCAUCCAAAAGACAUUGCCAAAGUUAAAGAGCAGCUGUCAUCGUCAGACACGGCUCCACGGGAACGACUCAUCGAUGCCAAAACUGGUCUGCCAGUGAAGACUGACAUCACUCCCGGCCCCUCAAGACUGUGUUCAGGGGCCCGACGGUCUUUCUUCUGUAGAAUGAAAUGCAACCGUCAGUCUGUCAAGAUGGAGGACAAGGACUUCGCCUCAACUUGCUCUAAAAAGAAAGCAGACCGCAAGAGUUUUUGUACCAUCCAUAGCACUGGCUACCUGAAAAGCUGGCCGCCCACCAAGAUGGGUUUGGACGAGGAUAACGAACCUGAUAAUGAGGGCUGCAACCUCAGCUGUCUAGUGGCCAUCGGCCGCCUACACCCACAUAUCAUCCCCCUGCCCAUGAACGGCGACAUCCGCGUUAAACCCACAGAAUACGUCUCCCGCCACGCUAUCGAUGGGAAGUUUGUUUUCGUCGACCAGAGGGCGACAGCUAUCUUGGCGUACUUGCCUCAGGAGCUUCUAGGAACGUCAUUUUAUGAGUAUUUUCAUCAGGAUGACAUCGGUCACCUCGCCGAGUGCCACAGACAAGUGCUACAGAUGAGAGAAAAGAUUAAUACAAACUGUUACAAAUUCAAGAUAAAGGACGGCUCUUUCAUCACUCUGAGGAGCCGCUGGUUCAGCUUCAUGAACCCCUGGACUAAAGAGGUGGAAUAUAUCGUCUCUACAAACACUGUGGUCUCGGGCAGGAUGCUGGAGGGAGCAGAUCCUAGUUAUUCACAGACAGCCUCGUCCCCUCAGAGCAUGGACAGCAUUUUAACAUCAGGAGAUGGUGAGAUCAGAUUCCUGCUGAGCAGUUUCUCUUACAGAUCUCAGAUUUGGUUUUGGUUUUACAUUUGUGUGUGUGUGUUUCUGACAGGAGGGGGGAAACGUCCUCUUCAGACGGUUCCUGGUAUUCCAGGAGGGACUAGAGCGGGAGCUGGCAAGAUUGGACGCAUGAUAGCUGAGGAAGUGAUGGAGAUUCAGAGGAUUCGAGGCUCCUCCCCUUCAAGCUGUGGCUCCAGUCCUUUAAAUAUCACUGCCACGCCCCCACCUGACACCUGCUCUCCAGGGGGAAAGAAGAUUCAGAAUGGUGGAACUCCAGAUCUGCCUUCAGCAGGACUUUUGCCUGGACCCGAUUCAAUAGGAUACCCAUAUUCAAAUAACUCCUUAAUGAGUGAUAACUCCCAUCUCAGUAUUGACAUUAUGGAAGAGCCCGGAUCCAGCAGCCCCAGUAACGACGAGGCAGCCAUGGCCGUCAUCAUGAGCCUCCUAGAAGCUGACGCUGGCCUCGGCGGUCCUGUGGACUUCAGCGACCUUCCCUGGCCUUUGUGAAACCACAGCAGACUCCCACCAGGAUGCUCAAUGGGUCCAAGGCUAAACAGGUCUAACCGCAGAGGCUCCUGGACAGGAAGUGCCCUGCAGUGGUGUGCGGAGGCUAAUGUGCUGUGGCCGUUAGAUACAGGACCUCCUACUCAAAGCACACAGAAUCAAUGGUUGAGCUGCAGACUUCUUUCCAACCGCCUCCUGUUGAACGGAGAUCUGUGCAUUUCCCACGAUUCUCACACGACUUUUCCCGACCUGCCCGUUUCUCUGUAGAUACCGGCCUGGAUUAUUCCUGUGGUACCCAUCAGCAAACACGGAUCACUUUCUAUACAUAUAUAAAUAUAUAUACCAUUUUGUUUGCGUUUUAAUGUUUUUACACUACAAACGUUGUUGAAAUGUUAAAUAUUCUAUAUGCAGAUUGUAACUAAUAUUGUAAUUCUAUUGUCAGAUUUCUUUAUGCAAAAUAUAUAUGGUAAAAGUGUAACGUAUCAGCAGUGGAUAUUUUUAAAAUUAAAAAAAAAUAUUGUCUUCAGAAUGUUUUUGUUUUGCACUUUACUGCCUAUUAUUAAUGAUCCGUUUUUACCUCGAGGAAUAAUAGAUAUGCUGGCUGCCAGAGAUUAUUAAAGUCUUUGGGAGAAUUGCUAGAGAUGUUUCCUCAUGGAGCUGUUCUCCUGCCUGCUUCAGCCAUGUCUCUUUCCUGGCUUUUGAUUGGUCCGUGGCUGAGAUAUUUUUGUUCUAUGUUGCCAUCCAGUGGUAAAAUCUUUGAAAUUAAAUGUGUUGUCAGGGGAAAGAGACUAUGGCUUGACAACCGAGUUCUGAAAAAUCACUUGGCACUGUUCUGAAUUACUUUGUAGGUCAAAAACAUUUUAUAAGCUUAAUUUAAUUUGAGUGACAUACGUGUGAUGGAAUCUUUCCUUUCUCGAGUUUCUUGAGCAGAAAAUCAGCAUAUUAAAAUAAUUUCUAAAGGAUCAUAUGACACUGAAGACUAGAGUAAUGCUGCUGAAAAUUCAAGUUUUCCAUCGCAGAAAUAAAUGACUUUUAAAAACAUUAAAAUAUAAA